AUGGCAGUCCCUCGAGCCUUGUCACGGCCUCGAUUCGUCUGCAAGACAUGCACCCGCAAGUUUCAGACGCAGACCCGGCGGUCUUUCGCAAGCGCAAGCGCAACCUCGUCCGCCUCUGAACCAGACAUAUACGAUGUCGUCUGCGUGGGUGGUGGGCCUGCAGGCCUCAGCCUCCUGACUGCUCUCCGGGCCAACCCCAUUACGUCUCGCCUCAGGGUAGCUCUCGUCGAAGCCCAGGACCUCUCCCAAAUUCGCUCCUGGAAGCUGCCGUCAAGUCAGUUCUCCAAUCGCUGCAGCUCCCUUACGCCGACAUCAGCGCAAUACCUCAACACAAUCGGCGCAUGGAGCCACAUGAAACGAGAGCGUAUCCAGGAAUAUAAUGAGAUGCAAGUUUGGGACGGCGUCAGUGGUGCAAGGAUUGAGUUUGAUUGGCCGGCGGGCGCCUCGGCCGGGAAUACUAUCGCCUACAUGUGCGAGAACCUCAACCUGACUUCGGGUCUGCUGAGUCGCCUCGACGAGUUACGCGGCGUCUCGAUUUAUGAUGGUGUAAGAGUCGAGCACAUUGGCUUUGGUGAAGAGACUGAGGACUUGGACCUUACACAGUGGCCAGUUGUUCAUCUUUCUGGCGGUCAGAGGCUGCAUGCGCGACUCCUGAUAGGAGCCGAUGGCGCGAACAGUCCAGUCCGCACAUUUGCCGGCAUUAAGGCUCGAGGAUGGGACUACGGAAGGCAUGGCGUUGUCGCCACGCUUCAAAUGGAGGGAGACGGCUGGGGUGGUGAGCACAACAAGAUCGCCUACCAGCGCUUUCUGCCAACCGGGCCAGUAGCUAUGCUGCCGCUGCCCGGUAAUUACUCGACGCUGGUUUGGUCAACGACUCCUGAGAAGGCCGCUUUUCUCAAGAGACUCCCUCCUAAGGAGUUCAUCGCCAUGGUCAACGCUGCCUUCCGGUUGAGCCCGGUUGACAUUGGCUUCAUGCACACUCAACCAUCCGGCCAAACCGAGGAGCUUGCAUGGAGACUUGAGCAUACGCCCGUUGACCGUCGCGCGGUUCCUCAGCAAGUUAUAGGAGUGCAAGACGGCACGGUGGCCUCUUUCCCGCUCAAGCUGCGGCAUGCGGACACAUAUAUUGCCGAACGAGUUGCUCUUGUCGGCGAUGCGGCCCAUACUAUUCACCCGCUGGCUGGUCAGGGCUUAAAUCAAGGGCAGGGUGACGUCCAGAGCCUGGUUAAUACAAUUCAGGCCGCUGUGUCCACCGGCCAGGACUUGGGCACGACACUCUCCCUUGAGCCGUACAACUCAGAGCGCUAUGUUGCAAACCACGUUGUGCUGGGUGUCUGUGACAAGCUCCAUAAGCUCUAUUCCGUGGAGAGUGGCCCACUGGUACCCUUGCGAUCUCUGGGCUUGAGUGCCGUCAAUGCUAUGGGUCCUUUGAAGAAAUUCUUCAUGGAACAGGCUUCCAGCACUGGCGCGAAGCUCUUUUAA